UUUGCAUUUUAAAUAUCUUGUAGGCCUUUUGAACGAAUUAUUACCAUGCACAAGGACAGCACAGGGCAUGUUGGCUUCAUCUUCAAGAAUGGAAAAAUAACCUCAAUAGUGAAAGACAGCUCUGCUGCGAGAAACGGACUUCUGACAGAGCACAACAUCUGUGAAAUUAAUGGCCAGAAUGUAAUUGGAUUGAAGGACCCCCAGAUUGCAGACAUCUUGGCAACAGCUGGAAAUGUAGUGACCAUUACCAUCAUGCCUUCCAGUAUUUAUGAGUAUAUAAUAAAGAGGUAGGUAAUAAACAAAGCAGCCGUGGUGUUAAUUACAGUUGAGUUGACAGUGAGUAUUAUUU